AUGACGAUGAUGGCGCCGCAUCCGCAGCCACUGCCGCUGGCACAGCAGCCGCCGGCGGGGGCGGCGUUCGGGGACACCACGCUCACCAAGGUGUUCGUGGGCGGGCUGGCGUGGGAGACCCACAAGGACACCCUCCGCGAGCACUUCGAGCGCUACGGCGACAUCCUCGAGGCCGUCAUCAUCUCCGACAAGCUCACCGGCCGCUCCAAGGGCUACGGCUUCGUGACGUUCAAGGAGGCGGAUGCGGCCAAGAAGGCGUGCGAGGACGCCACCCCCGUCAUCAACAGGCGCCGCGCCAACUGCAACCUCGCCUCCCUCGGCGCCAAGCCGCGGCCCCAGCCGCCGCACAUCCUCCACCCCUUGCCCUCGCCGCCGGCCACCCCGGCGCCACACGCGCCUGCGCUCCCCUCCCCAAACCAGCCCACGCCAGCCGUCGCGGUGGGAUCCAGGGGCGUGUCGCCGGUGCCAUGGUACUACCACCCCUCCACGACGCCCCCUCCGCCGCCGCCGCCGGCCGCGCACUACGCCCACCGCCCUCACCAGCAGUACCACGGCGUGCUCCCAUUCUACCCCGCCGCCACCACCUACGGGUACUCCCCGAAUUACGUCGCGGACCUGAGCUACAAUGCGAAGGUAGGCCAAGCGGCGGCAGCUGCCGGCACGGCCGGGUCGUACCUACAGGGGCACUUCGCGUACCCGGCGGCAGCGCAGGGCGGCCUGGUGGCGGCGGCGCCCAACGGCAUGAUGCCGGUGUACCCGUUCUACCACUACCAGUACCACCACGCCUCGCAGGGUCUGGGCGUCCCCGCCGCGCACUUCUUCCCCCCGGUCUCCGCCGCCGCCGUCACCACCGUCCCGGCCAUCGUCUCCAAGCCCACCGUCAUGGCCGCCGCUCCCAAAGGUGACGGGUUGCAGCUGAAGGCACGAGACGGCGAUGAUGAUGAUGGCGACGAUGAGCGGGCGGCGCAAUGA